AUGAUUGGAACAAUUGCAGUUUUAGUAAUUGCUAUUUUAGUAAUUUUUGCUUUCAAAAAGAGUCCAAGUAAUAUUCCACCAAUUGUUGAAACCAUUCCAUUCAUCGGAUGUUUUUAUCAAUUUGCAAAGAAUCCAUUACAAUUAGUUCGUAAUAGUUAUGAUAGAUUAGGUGAAAUUUUCACACUCCAUUUAAUGGGAUUCAAAAUGACAUUUGUUCUUGGACCAGAGGCACAAGCAUUAUUUUUCCGUGGUACCGAUGAAGAACUCUCACCAAAGGAAGCUUAUAGAUUUGUAACACCAGUAUUUGGUAAAGGUGUUGUCUAUGAUAGUGAAACAGAGAUUAUGUAUGAACAACUUCGUUUCGUAAAGAAUGGUUUAGUUUUAUCACAAUUGAAGAAAGCAGUUGGUAUCAUUCAAGAAGAGACUGAAAAAUAUUUCGAAACUAAAUGGGGUGAUUCAGGUGAAAUCGAUCUUUUAUAUGAAAUGAAUAAACUUACCAUUCUCACUGCAUCUCGUUGUCUUAUGGGUAAAUCAAUCAAUAAAUCAUUGGGUCAAUCAGGUCAACUCGCUGACUUGUACCACGAAUUGGAAGAAGGUCUCAAUCCAAUUUCAUUCUUUUUCCCAAAUCUCCCAUUACCAUCAUUCAAAAAGAGAGACGCUGCCCGUGCUAAAGUCGCCGCCAUUUUCCACUCUAUCAUUCAAGAACGUAGACGUUCAACUGACGAUAGUGUCGAUGAUGUCCUCUACACCCUCAUGAACUCCAAAUACAAAGAUGGUUCAGUCCUCGAAGAUGAACAAAUCGUUGGUCUCAUGAUUGGUUUAUUAUUCGCCGGUCAACAUACCUCUUCAAUCACCCUUACUUACACCAUUUUCUACCUCCUCAACAAUUUAGAAUAUUUCGAUGAAACUCAAAAGGAUAUCAAUGAUAUCGUUCAAAAAGAGAAUCAAGGCGAAAUCAAUUUCGAUGGUCUCAAGAGAAUGAAUCGUUUGGAAACUGUAAUUCGUGAAGUUCUUCGUCUUCAUCCACCUUUAAUUUUCCUCAUGAGAAAAGUUAUGACUCCAAUGGAAUACAAAGGUAAAACUAUCCCAGCCGGUCACAUCCUUGCUGUUUCACCACAAGUAGGUAUGCGUUUACCAACUGUCUACAAGAACCCAGAUAGUUUUGAACCAAAACGUUUCGAUGUUGAAGAUAAAACUCCAUUCAGUUUCAUUGCUUUCGGUGGUGGUAAACAUGGUUGUCCAGGUGAAAAUUUCGGUAUCCUCCAAAUUAAAACCAUUUGGACUGUUCUCUCCACUAAAUAUAAUUUAGAAGUUGGUCCAGUUCCACCAACUGAUUUCACUUCUUUAGUUGCUGGUCCAAAAGGUCCAUGUAUGGUUAAAUAUUCAAAGAAACAAAAAUAA